UUAGUUAGUUGUCAUACACGAAAAUAUCUACAGGUAAGAUAAGAUAUAAAUAAAAAAGCUAGUGUAUAUAAUUAGUAAACUAAAACACGGAUUAAAACGUAAGAUCCAGCAUAAUCUUCUCGGUCUUUCUUCUUUCCAUAAUAAAAUCGAAAUCACAUUUCUCUAUCAUCUAAUGUUUAUUUUAUGGAACUUGUGUAACAAGCACGGAGGGAGGAGGAGCUUUUAUUACAAAUAAAAAGUGUUUGGCCUUUUGUGUUGUUUGUGUGUUUGUGGGGAUGACUCGUAGGUGUUCGCAUUGUAGCUACAAUGGGCACAACUCGCGCACGUGCCCGACUCGUGGCACGUGCGGUGGAAGCGGAGGAGGAUCUUUUGGAGCUUCUUCGUCCUCCUCCUCGUCGGCGGUGAAGCUGUUCGGGGUGAGGUUAACGGAUGGGUCGAUUAUAAAGAAGAGUGCGAGUAUGGGUAACCUCUCGGCAUUGGCCUUGCACCACCGUUUGUCUCCGUCGUCUCCGUUAGCUACGGGUAAUAAUAAUCAUAAUGACUCGCCGUUAUCGGAUCACGGGAGGUACUCUAAUCAAGAUAACGGAGGGUAUUUGUCGGAUGAUCUAGCUCAUGGUUCUUGUUCUGGUUCUAUCCACCGUCGUGUAGAGAGGAAGAGAGGUGUUCCAUGGACGGAGGAGGAGCACAGGCUAUUCUUAGUGGGACUCCAGAAGCUAGGGAAAGGAGAUUGGCGUGGUAUAUCAAGAAACUAUGUAACUUCAAGAACUCCAACACAAGUGGCUAGUCAUGCUCAAAAGUAUUUCAUCCGCCAUACUUGUUCCACCCGCAGGAAAAGACGUUCUAGCCUCUUCGACAUGGUUACUGAUGAAAUGGUAACACAGGAAGACCAAACCUUAAGCAAGGAACCUGAAUGUAAAACCUACCUUCCUUCACUUGAGCUCAAACUCAACAACGCUACAGAAUCUGAAUCUCCGCCGCCACCACCGCAGGAGCAACCUGAGGAAGCUAUAGAGCCAUCAAACGUGCUUUCACCAAUGCUAGUCCCAACCGGCUUCUUUCCUCCUUGUUUUCCAGUCACUUACACCAUAUGGCUCCCUGCCACUUCAACAGAGCACACCUUAGAAGCCUCAGCUUCCUCUCAGCAGCAUCAGGUCUUGAAACCAAAACCUGGAUUUGCUAAAGAACGGACCAACAUGGACGAGCUGGUCGGUAUGUCUCAGCUUAGCAUAGGAAUGGAGACAAGACAUGAAGCCGAGACUUCCCAUUCUCCAUCACCGUUAUCUCUGAAACUAAUAGGAGAGCCAUCAAGGCCAUCAGCGUUUCACUCCAAUGGCUCCGUUAGUGGCUCCGGUUUGAGUAAAGGCAGCAGCGCGAUUCAGGCGACCUGAAAAAAAUCUUGUUGGUGAUUCAAGAAACGAAGAGGGAAGGUCCUGACCGGAUUAAACCAAAGGUUGUUCUUGGUUUUAGGAGGAAACAAACCGAGAAGACAUAAGCCAUUAGAGACCAAAAUUACUUGCAAAGAAAACAUUACAAAACUGUAACAAUAGACUUACCAAACAGUCAAACAUGUUACUCAGCAUUACGUCAUACUUACAUAAGAUAAUCACACAUUACAAUAUUACCCCUCA